AUGGAUCCCGUACAAGCGAUCAUUCAACAACAAAUCAGUUCAGGCACUUUUAUGCAGAAUCUUAACGUUAAUACUGUAUCAAAUUAUGACGAAGAGGAGAACAUGAAUGAAAAUGCGUGGAUUCAGGGAAAGCGCGGAAAUAUUCUUCCAAUUUGGGGAAACAAGAUGACUAUGAAUCUGAACACGCUACUCCUUGAGAAUAUUCGAGAAAGCUAUUAUUAUAAAAACAAUUUGAUGGAGAUCGAUACAUUUCAAACAAUUAUUGAACAAAUUUUUUAUCAGGUAAAACACCUGGAACCAUGGGAGAAAGGCACUCGACGAGUGCAAGGAAUGACAGGAAUGUGUGGCGGAGUGCGCGGCGUCGGUGCUGGAGGGGUUGUCAGCUCAGCAUUUUGUAUUCUCUAUAGAUUGUUUAAUUUGAAAAUUACAAGAAAACAGUUGAUCAGUAUGCUAAACAGUCGCCAAUCUGUGUAUAUUCGAGGCCUUGGAUUCAUGUACAUUCGGUUUUGCCAACCGCCCACUGAUUUGUGGUAUUGGUUUGAACCAUAUUUGGACGACGAAAGGGAGAUUGACCCGAGAAGUGGCGGAGGUGAUUGUAUGACAUUUGGUCAAAUGGUUCGAUCGAUGCUUAAUAAGCUGGAUUGGUAUGGUACAUUGUUUCCUAGGAUCCCAGUUCCCAUCCAGAAAGAAAUCGAUGAGAAGUUUGCUGAGCGUAAAAGACAAUUGAUUGAAGAAGAUGAACAAUGGAGAAGGAAAAAUGAAGGAUCAUCAAAAGUUGAAGUUCAAGAAUCCAAAAGACCUGAAGAAAAUAUUGUUUUGCCAAAGGUAACCCGCUGUGGACACCAUUUGAGACAUCAUCACUGUCACAAGCACCGAAAGAAGUGCUCAGAAAAGAGAAAGAAAUUGCGACAAGAGAAAAACGAAGUGAAAAAAGAAUGA